AGUUAGGCAUACGAGGUGUACGCGGCCAUUAUAGAAAUCCUUUUUUCAUUUUUAAACUAAGUGUCGAAUAUUAAUAAUUUAUCUAACUUGUAAACUUUUAGCUACAGUGACAGAAAACCUCGUAUUAUUUUAUAUUUAAAAUAAGCUGUUUGUGUGCUUUUUAAAUAAAACAAAAAAUUAAAUUAUUUCUGCCUAUCAGUGCAAGUUCCUUUUAAUAUUAAAAAUAGUAUAAAAUAAAAUAAUUAUGUGAUUUGCAUUAUUUUAAACUAAUACAAAAUACGAAAAGAUAUUUUCUUUAGAAAGUUGACCAAAAUCUAGAUAAGACGGCUUCACAAAAAAAAUCCUAUAAGAAGAUGGCGGAAACAGAGGAGUUAGAGAAUAUGGUAUUAAGUUUCCGAGUAUCUGAGCUUCAGAUGCUUUUGGGUUUUGCUGGUAGAAAUAAAUCCGGAAGAAAAAACGAAUUACAAGCAAGAGCGUUAGAAUUAUUACGUCUCAGAUCACAUCCAGUCCAGCUUAAAAUACGAGAAUUAUACAAGACAAUACAAGCUGAUCAAUUAGCAGCACAUCAAAUGUACGUUCAAACGGAUGGGACUGGUGAUACUCAAAUCGAUCAAAGUAUGCAUUCUAGAAGUUAUUAUACAAGACAAGCUAUCGGACAGCAGCAACAAGCACAAGGUGCAGUUGCUUCUGAAAAAGAACUUCCACCUGCUCAUCAAGCUUCUUUACCUCAAAAUCCAAGAACUACUGCUGUAUAUCAGUCUGCGGGCUAUACAAGUGUAGCGCCACAAAGAACAAAUACACCAUAUAAUCCAUACCCCCCAUAUACACCUAAAGUACUGCCAGUACCAUUACAGAUACCAUCAGGACAGUACCCUGUUCAUCCGGAUGUGAAAUUAAAAAGAUUACCUUUUUUCGAUUUAAUGGCCGAAUUAUUAAAACCAUCAAGUUUAAUGCCGCAAGGAUCAGUAAGAUUACAAGAAAAUACAUUUAUGUUUCAUUUAACACCUCAACAGUCGACUGACAUAGCUAGUUCUCGGGAUUGUCGUAAUGGAAGCAAAAUGGAAUACAUGGUACAGGUACAGAUGAGGUUUUGUUUGCAAGAAACAUCAUGUGAACAAGAAGAUUAUUUUCCACCAAAUAUAUCUGUUAAAGUUAAUGGAAAAAUCUGCCAAUUACCUAAUCCUAUACCUACUAAUAAACCUGGUGUUGAACCAAAACGACCUCCAAGGCCUGUAAAUAUCAGUCCUUUAGUUAAAUUAUCGCCUCUGGUGGGAAAUCAAAUUCAUGUUUCUUGGUCAUCUGAUUAUGGUAGACGAUAUGCAAUUGCUGUGUAUCUUGUAAGAAAGCUUUCGAGUUCAGAGUUAUUAAUAAGAUUAAAGAAUAAAGGUGUUAGGCAUUCGGAUUAUACUAGGGGAUUAAUAAAGGAGAAAUUAAAUGAAGAUGCCGAUAGUGAAAUAGCUACUACAUCACUCAGAGUAUCUUUAGCAUGUCCUCUGGGAAAAAUGAGGAUGAAUACACCAUGUCGAGCAUUAACAUGUUCACAUUUACAAUGCUUUGAUGCUUCCUUAUUUCUACAAAUGAAUGAAAGAAAGCCAACAUGGAAUUGUCCAGUGUGCGAUAAAUCUGCAUUAUAUGAUAAUCUUGUUAUUGAUGGAUAUUUUCAAGAAGUUUUACAUUCAAAAAAAUUAUUACCAGAUGUUAAUGAGAUACAAUUGCUUCAAGAUGGUUCUUGGGAGAAUUUAGUUUUAAAAAAGGAAAAAGAUAGAGAGAAACCAGAAACAAAAGUGACAGCCAAUGUACAAGACCAUAAAAUCGACGUUGACACGGUUGAUAUAGAUGAAAGCAGUCCUGCUGCGCCGGUAUUAAAAGAAAAGAAACGUACAGUUCUUAUUGAUUUAAUAUCAGAUAGCGAAGAUGAUGACGAAGAUUCUAUACCAACUCAAAGUACAAAAAAGCAUCAUAUUAGUUCGAGUCCUCAAAAAAAAUCUCCAACAAAUUCUAUAAGCAGUACAAGUGGACCAUUAAGUUAUAUGGUAAUCGAUUUAGAAUGAUUGUCUUUAGAGGAAAAGUAAUGACAGAAAAUUCAGAAGAAAUUUCUUUUUCCUGUGAUCUGAUUAUUAUAAAAUUCAUACAUAAUGUGAAAAAAACAUUCAAAAAUGUUAUUUUGACAUAAUUCUAAAUACAAGAUUAUUCAUUUAAUAUUAUCAUUUAUUUAAGCAUUCCUUUAUUUUAUUAUCUGAUGUAUAUUUUAUUUUAUAGAAGCUCAUUGUCAAAUAACUUUAUUAGUGUAAUUUCUGUAUUCAAUAGACUUAAAAGUAAAGAAUAUCAUUUUUCACUGUAAUAAUAAAAAAAAAAACGAUAUAUUAUAUGAAAAAUAAAGUUACCUUUCUAUA